CCAAAUCCAGCAAAGUCAAACGCAGCGCGCACAAAUCACACGUAGGAGCUCACCUGCACUUGGGACCAGAUGGACGCGGCUUACAAGAGGAUCAACGGCGACCACGGGCAGGAUGACGAGCCGGAGCGGCCAGAAAAAGGAAAGCGGCGCGGCUCCAUGUACCUGGAAGAGGAGACCAGCAAGAAGAGCGAGGUGGUCUCCUGCAUCUUCUCCUUAAAGGAGGAAGUGGGCGCCUUGGCCCGAGCGCUCAGACUUUUUGAGGAGAAGGGCAUCAACCUGAUGCACAUCGAGUCGCGUCCCUCGCGCAUCAGUAAGGAGCAGUACGAGUUCUUCAUCAGCGUGGACCCCGGCUGCUCCGAGGCCCUGGACGAGGUCAUCGACGGCCUGCGCACGCAGAUAAGCGGCCAGGUGCACGAGCUGUCCCGCAACAAACAGAAGGACACCGUGCCUUGGUUCCCCAACGACAUUCAGGACUUGGACCGCUUUGCCAACCAGAUCCUCAGUUACGGCUCGGAGCUGGAUGCCGAUCACCCGGGCUUCACUGACCCAGUGUACCGGACUCGCAGGAAGGAGUUCGCCGACAUCGCCUACAACUACAGACAUGGCCAACCCAUCCCUCGGGUGGAGUACACAGAGGAUGAAAAGGCAACAUGGGGAACCGUAUUCAAAGAGCUAAAAACCCUUUACCCGACUCACGCCUGCCGUGAGCACAACCGAGUCUUCCCCUUGCUGGAGAAGUACUGCGGCUACAGGCAGGACAACAUCCCGCAGCUGGAAGAUGUUUCCCGGUUCCUGCAGUCCUGUACCGGUUUCCGGCUUCGCCCCGUGGCCGGCUUGCUCUCUUCCCGCGACUUCCUCGCCGGCCUCGCCUUCCGCGUCUUCCAUUCCACGCAGUACAUCCGCCACGGCUCCCAGCCGACAUACACGCCCGAGCCCGAUAUCUGCCACGAGCUCCUGGGGCAUGUCCCGCUCUUUGCCGAUUCCAGUUUUGCCCAGUUUUCCCAGGAGAUCGGUCUUGCUUCUCUUGGCGCACCGGAUGAGUACAUAGAAAAGCUAGCGACAGUCUACUGGUUCACCGUGGAGUUCGGGCUGUGCAAGCAGGGCUCUGAGAUCAGAGCGUUCGGAGCAGGCUUGCUGUCAUCAUUCGGAGAGCUGCAGUACUGCUUGACAGAAAAGCCAAAACUGCUUCCCUUUGACCCCGAAAAGACCAGCGUUCAGAAAUACCCGAUCACCGAGUACCAGCCCAUCUACUUUGUGGCCGAGAGCUUUGAAGAUGCAAAAGACAGAGUCAGGAAGUUUGCCGGCACCAUCCCCCGACCCUUCACUGUGCGCUACAACCCGUACACCCAGAGCGUGGAGGUGCUGGACAACACCCAGCAGCUCGGCAACCUGGCCGACAGCAUCAAGAGCGAAAUGGGGAAAUUGUGCGAAGCCCUACAGAAAUUGGGGUGACGUCGCAACCAGACGGCCUGAAGCUUAUUAUAUACCUACAGUAUGCAUAUCAGCCUUUUGUAUUAAAAUAUAUGACAUUACUGGGAUGCAAUUUGGAAUGUUUUAUGUUGACCUCUUUCGGAGCCAUUGAUGAUAGACGUCCAAUCACGCGGCUGUUUUCAUCAAACGAGUUUGUCACCAGUAGACAUUUAAUCUAUUGGUUGAAAGCCAGUUCAAAUAGAUGGGACGUCUAUCAAUGUCAAUGGCAGCGGCUGAGUUAGGAAUAUUUCAUGUUAAUUUAGUGAAUUAUGUGUAGCUUCUACAUGUUAUCCUAUUAGUACUCCGAUAUGUAUGCAAAAAGUAAUUUUACACAUUAUGAGAACUGUAUCAUUUGAUAACCAAAAUAACUUGACAAUGCAUUUUUUGUGCAUGGAAUAUUAUAAUGAAAUGAUUAAAUAGAGGAUGUUAA